AUGGCUCUCUCGCAAGCAGCAGGAUUCGUCGAAAAGCUCAUUGGCCACACAGGUGAUGCCAACACUGAGCAGAACCUCACCAACCCCUCCAAAGAUGCCGAAAAGUACGCCGACCCUUCGGGCGAGAAGAUGAAGGCGUUGGUCUGGAAUGGCAAGAACAGCGUGAAAGUGGUCGAGACAUUCAAACCUGCCAAGAUCGAAGACACAGAUGUCAUUGUCAAGGUCACUGGCUCGACAGUUUGCGGCUCAGAUCUCCACCUGUACCAUGGUGUUGUCGUCGAGCUACAAAAGGGCGACAUCCUUGGCCAUGAGUUCUGUGGUGUCGUCGACAGUGUCGGCUCCAAGAUUAGCAAAGUCAAGCCAGGUGAUCGAGUGGUGUGCAGUUUCCAAAUCGCUUGCGGUACCUGCAUGUACUGCCAGCGCAAACUGAGCAGUCAAUGCGAGAAGACCAACGACAACACGAUUGAGAAUAUCAUGUAUGGCGGUCGUACGGCAGGCAUGCUUGGCUACUCGCAUUUCACUGGAGGCUAUGCAGGUGGUCAGGCCGAAUACGUCCGUGUUGCUUACGGAGACGUUAACCUGCUGAAGCUGCCAGAAGACGUCCCCGACGAGAAGGGCCUUUACCUCUCUGACGUACUGAGCACAUCCUGGAACGCUGUCGUGGAUACGGGAGUUAAGGAAGGCGACGUCGUUGCCAUCUGGGGUGCGGGUCCCAUCGGUCAAAUGGCCGCCGCGAUGUCCUUUAUGCAAGGCGCCCGACGAGUUAUCAUUAUCGAUGGCGGUGCCGCUUCCUGGCGACUCGAUUUCGUGAAAUCUAAGCUUCCCAAGAUUGAGACUGUCAACUUCACGGAUCUUCCUCGAGGCAAGAACAUCGUUUCCGUCCUGAAAGAGAUGGAACAUGGAGGUCCUGAUGUCGCGAUCGAAUGUGUCGCAGGCGAGUACGCGAAAGGAUGGGCACAUUACUUCGAGAUCCUCCUCGGCGCCGAGACAGACACGUCCGAAAUUGUCAAUGAGAUGAUCAUGAGUGUCAAGAACUUCGGCCGCUGUGGCAUCACGGGUGUCUACGUGGGUUAUACCAACCACUUCAACAUCGGUUCUUUAAUGGAGCGCGGUAUUCGACUCAUCGGUAACGGGCAGGCACCUGUACACCUGUACUGGGAAGAUCUGCUCAAGAAGAUCCAGGAAGGCAAGCUCGAUGUGUAUCAGAUGGUCAGUCAUCGCGUCAAGCUAGAGGAACUCGAGGAGGUCUAUCGGCGCUAUGAUGCUCGUGAGAAGGGCUUGCAGAAGAUAUACGUUGAGACCAAGUUCAGUUUCCCACCCGCAGAAGGAAGCCCUCAGUUGACUACAUAUGGCACUGCAUGA